AACCCAAACGGGCCCUAAAGUCCACACCUUUUUCCGGAAAGGCUAGAAACGCCGCUGUCUCUCGUCUAAUCCCUACAGCCGCCGCCGCCGUCGCCGUCGCCGCCGACCAACGGCUCAAUCCCGCCGGCCUGCCGGCCGACGCCUCAGCCCCACUCCCAGCCGCCCCAAUCACACGCCCCGCGCCGCCCCCGCCCCUCACGCGCGUCGCCACCGCCGCCGCCGCGGGCUCCGUUCUUCCUCGUCUGGACGCCGCGCUCCCGCCGCCUCCGCUCCGCCCCGCCCACCCAUUGGGUUUCGAGAGGUCGUGCUUCGCUCCUAUGGCGGCAUCCGACGAAAUGGCUCAGAAGGACGAAGAUGAUAUGAAGGACGAAAAACAGGCUGAGAAGGAGUACGCUGAUUUCGAGGCGAGGGUCAAGAGGACGAUAUACAUCGACCACCUCUCCCCUCUGGUCACCAGCCAGGUCAUCAAGGCGUCUCUCGCCCAGUGCGCCAAUGUCGUCAACACGGAGUUCAUCGAGAACUACACGAUCGAGUACGAGAUCCCCGCCGCUGCGUUGGUGGAGGUGGACAACGUGUCGCAGGCCCAGGCUGCUGUGGACCUGAUGAACAACUUCCCUUUCAUGCUCGGCGGGAUGCCCAGGCCUGUGAGGGCUGCCUUUGCAAAGCCCGAGAUGUUUCCGGACCGCCCUAGGAAGCCUGGCUUGAAGAUUGAGUUCAGCUGGGUAAAGCAGGGAGAUCCGGGGUAUGAUGGGAUGAAUAAGCUCAAGGGCCUUAUGAGGAGGCAAGAAGCAGAAAAUAUGGCACUCAUCAAGAAUCAAUUGGAAGAGGAGAAGGAGCUGGCGGCGCAGCAGCAGGAAACCCUGGUAGCAAACAGCAACAAGUACGACAUGCUCGAGAACCUCGUGAACAACGGGGAAAUCACUAAACUCGCUCAGCAUUACAAGGUCAAGCUGGGAGACGACUGAUGGGUUCCCGACGUUCAAGCUCCUCCCUCGGAGACUGACUGCAGUCACCAGUGCAAGCAGAUUCUUAUUCUGCCCAGGGCAUCCCCACUCACAGAUGUGAUUGUGCGAUAGUGAUAAUCCAUUGGCUAGUUCUCAUCUUGUGCUGGGAUGAUAGUAAUAAAGCAUUGAUUUGUUUGGUGCGUCCGUGCUCUAGUUGUGGCCAGCUGCAAAGCAGCAGUUCCUUAGUGUAACAACUGUCGAUACAUUACGAUCCGAUCAGUUGAUGGUACGCUUGGUGUAAUAAUAAUCUUUGUAUGACCUCCAAGCUUAGCAUGUCAGCGAGAUGAUCCAACGA